AUGGACCGCGCCCCGGCGCUCGCCGCCGAGCCCUGGCGCCCGCCGCACCCUGCCACCGGCAACCGCGCCGCGGAGCCCUCCUCCGCCGUCACGGGCCAGAGCAGCGGCUCCCGCGGGGCUGGCGGCGGAGGGCGGAGGAGGCAGCGCGAGCCCCCCGCGUCCGAGGACGACUCCGCCAGGCUCGUCUCCACCUCCGGCGCCGCCGCCGGCGCCGGCCAGGAUUUGGCUGAUUCCGAAGUGAAGCGUUUCAAGGCAAAUAAAUCCAGUGUCAGUGAUGAUAAUGGCAGUUUCAGGAAAGAUGCUGAAGAUUCAAGAAAUGCUAGUAAGGGUGUUGAUCAAAAUCCUCCACCGCCGGAGCCACCAAAGCAAGAUUUCAUCCAUGUGAGGGCAAGAAGGGGUCAAGCAACUGACAGCCAUAGUCUCGCAGAAAGGGCACGGCGUGAGAAGAUAACCGAGCGGAUGAAAAUUCUCCAAGAUCUCGUCCCUGGAUGCAACAAGGUUAUUGGUAAAGCAUCAGUCCUUGAUGAGAUAAUCAAUUAUGUCCAAUCCCUGGAACGUCAAAUUGAGUUCCUCUCCAUGAAGCUUGAGGCGGUUAAUGCCCAUGUGAGCAACGGAGCCGAAACAUUUCCACCUAAAGAUUAUGGCGCUCCGACAUACAACACAGCACCUGGGUUGACGUUCGACCCACAAACACCAAGGGAAUAUGCCCAGGGCUCGCCGGCAUCGGAGUGGCUUCACAUGCAGAUUGGUGGCACCUACGAAAGAGUAACAUGACCAGAACAAAAGCUUCGGGGUGGCGCCCAACGAAGCCUACCAUGAAUCCACGACCGUCGACCAAUCACCCCCUACUUUUCUAGAUCACAUUUUUUGCACAACCCUCUUGUUCCAAAUGCGAUUUUAUUCAUAGUGUUUUGGAGCUGUAAUUGCCAGUAGAGACAUGUAUGUAGGGAGAUCGCUGGAGCGCGGCGUUCUUCAUUUUAAUUUUGGGUCCAGGACUGUUUCACGUGUACUCCUACUUUAUAUUCGUGACUCCAUGCAUUCCACUGGAUCUAUGUAGCUGACUGUCGUUCGUAAGAUGAGCGAAGCAAGUUUAUUCGGGUCUCUUGUCAAAUCAAAGCUUAAACUUAGUAUUUCUCAA